AUGGAUAAGUGGAUAAUAAAAAAACCUAAACUUGAUGUAGAGAGUAGAGACCAACAUGAUACAAAUUAUAACAACGAUCCAAACUUUAAGAGAUCAGAAAUAAAUGAAAUUAGUUCAGGUAAGGCUAUUAUUUAUUUUAUUCUUCUUAUAGAAUAAAACUAUUAUUAAUACUUAAUACUUAAUAGGUUUAAAUGAGUCAGCAGCUAGUACCAGUACACAAAUAAACUCGAAAACUUAUGAUUCUGAUAUUGGUACCUAUGGGGGAAAAACGAUUAAUAAAGAUGAAAAGUACAAGCUUUUGAAAAAUGGAUACCAAAUGAGUUNCAAGAAAACUCAAAUUCCAAAGACACUGGUUACUGGAAUUCCCUUGGCUUUCAUAUUCAGAAAAAUUAGACGGCGCUUUUUGCCUAUUCUGUUUUUUAUUUUAUUCUAGAGAAGUGGGAAAAGGAAGUCAUAUCUCCACAAAGGCCCUCGUAGUGACUCCAUUCAAUCGUUGGAAAGAUGCAAAAGAGCAAUUCCGUUAUCACACAAAUUUAGAAUACCAUAAAACUGCUUGUAUUAUUGCUCAGAAUUUCAUAGGUGUACACGAAAAAAGAAUCGUUGAUGUUAGCCUUCAGCUUAAUACAGCCCGUUUGGCGACAAUCGAACAAAAUCGGAAAAUUUUAUCAUCUAUUAUUGAAACAAUAAUUUUAACUGGAAGGCAAGAAAUUGCCUUAAGAGGUCAUCGUGAUUCAGGUCCAAUAUCAUCGGAACUUCCAGCCUAUAAUGACGGAAACUUCCGUGCGUAGUUGCGUUUUCGUGCAGUUUCAGGAGACAAUACUUUAAAAGACCAUCUAUCACGAAUAGAAGCAAUUUUUUCUAUGGCUCACCCACUAUCAAUCUAUUUACAAAAAGUUAAUGUUGAGUUAGCAUCUGCAAUGAAGACUGCUAAUAAUUUAAGUAUGCUGAUGAAGGAAAUGCGUGGCAAUGUACAGUCGAAAUUCCACGAUUUAUUUAGCACAACUGAACAACUUGCUGAAGAAAUCAGAGAGGAAAUCAAAAUUCCAAGGAUGACAAAAUUUCAACAGCACAGAGAUAAUUAUGAGUCAACUUCAGCAGAAAACUAUUAUCGAGUAUCUGUGUUCAUCCCGUUUAUUGACCACUUCAUCUCACAAUUAGAUAUUAGAUUUACUAAACACAAAAAUACACUCUCAAUUAUUCAGAACUUUAUACCAAAUAAACUAAUAAAAUUAUCCGAAAAUGAAAUCGAGACAAGUACGGAAAUUAUAUCAAAACAGUGGCCAAUCGUAAUAAGCUCGUGUGACAAUAUUGUAAAUAAAGAAGUUCUAUUGNCGUUGCCCAUUACAGUUGCCAGUGUAGAACGGAGCUUUUCAACGUUGAAACGAUUGAAAUCAUAUUUGAGGAAUUCUACGGGGGAAAAUCGACUUAAUGGAUUGGCUCACCUAAGUAUCUACAGAGAAAUACCAACCCAAAGUAGUGAGGUGGUCGAUAUUUUUUCAGAAAAAGAUAGAAAGUUAAUGUUUUAA